AUGUGUGGAUUUCAAGGUGAAGUUAAAUUCCAAUUAACUUAUUCAUCGGGUGGUGCCAUUGAUACGAGUACAGCAUUACGUGAAGUUAAUUCGAUUUUUCAUCGAGAGAUAGAAGGAACUCCACCUUCUUAUAGUAUGGCUGCAGCUAAUCUUUAUGAACCACCACCACCAUCAUAUCAAACAGCACAGGCUACGAAUAAUCAUUUUGCAGAUACAACUAUGUAUAUUUCACAAGCACAAGCACCAUAUGAAGGAGUUUAUCAACGACAACCAACAGGUUUACCAGCACCAGAAUUCAUUCCACAAUAUCCUGAUAUAUCAUCAACAAAUGUAAAUAAUUCUACAAUGUAUCCUUCAAUGACAAAUGAAUAUCAAUCUCAACCGGUUUAUCAAAAUAAUAAUUUUAGUGGACAAAUGAAUGAACAACAGAAUUAUCAAAUGCCACCAUCAUAUGAACAAUCACAAAAUCAAUUCCAACAAAAGAAACAUACUUAA